UUCUAAAAUUCAACAUCGCGUUCGAAGAGUAGACAAUUUUGCUUCGAUCUGUAAACCGAGAAGGAACAACAAUGGAGAGGAAGAAGAAGAUGCAGCAGCAGGCCGUCAAUGGAAACGACGCCGUACAAUCACCGUCCCCAUCUUCAUCGCCAUGGCAAGCCUUUCUGGUGCAUCUUCUAUCCGGAUUAGGGCUUGCGUCAGCUUUGGGGGUGGCCCACAAGUUCUACUCCGUCAAUCUCGUCUCCGAUCCUCUUCAUACGCUCCGCCUUAUAUGGGUUAUUGAAGCCCCAAUUGUGAUUCUUAUUUACAGUAUGUUCCGGAGUAAUCCAAAACAAUGCUCGUAUUGGAAAGCUGUAGGACGUGGCAUUUUGGGGCUUCCUGUUGGGGCGGUAGUGAACGCGCUUGGAGCUAUUGCGUUGGGAGCUCCUGUUGGCCCUAAGUAUUUCCUCAAGACCGUUAACUGGUCACUAUUGAUGUCAUUGUUUACUGUUGUCCCUGCAGCUUCUGUUUUUGGUUCGUCAUGGACAGACUGGAUACGAUUAUUUGGACACACGAAGCCAAGUGGAUCUAUUGAUUACAUGAUCUGUCUACCUGCUCAUGGAGCUGUUAUUGGAGCUUGGUUUGGGGCUUGGCCCAUGCCACUUGAUUGGGAUAGGCCAUGGCAGGAAUGGCCUAUUUGCGUGAGUUAUGGGGCUAUCGCCGGGUGCUUGAUUGCAAUGAUGGCAUCUUUCGGCCUUGUUCUCCUCCGUGGUGAACGGCAGCAUUUCAAAGGAGAAUAAUUGUGUAAAAACUCAAGCGUGCAACGACAAGGUCAAGACUAUGGCAGCAAAUGCAAAAUUCUUCCUACUCUGGUUAUAGUAAUCGAUGCUUUCUGUGGCAUAAGCACUGACACAGAGAUUUUCAUGCCUCAACAUAAUGGUCCUAACCAAUUACAGUAUACCCUUGUUGCUGGGCUUCUGAGAUUCUCAUCGAUUUUUGAAGAGUUUUCACAGCUACCUUCGUCACGCUUUGUUAUUUUGUAUUCUUUUGACGCAAAACUAACGCUGACCUGAGUUUUAGCAUAGGGUAAUCUUUUCUCUAACAAGCCAUUCAAAAAAAUCUCUUCUCUAACAAUUUACUCCGUCAGAUCAUACUCUUUAGCAGAAUUCUUUGUUUGGUGAUCAUUGUUGUCAUGCAAAACAGUACAUUUCAUGUUAUGAUUUUGGCUUGUUAAUUAAGGUGACAGGAUGGUUCUUUA